AUGACCAAAGAGACCACCCCACCCACCGAAACUACUACAACCCGCGAACCUCCUUCUCUUCCUACCUCCCCACUUCCUAAGCGUACUAAGAUCGACAACAACAACAACAUGACUGCCUCCAAUGCUCCAGCCGUGACUUCUAUUCAGCAGCCUCUUCCUCCCCUGCUGGUGAAGAAGCUUGUUGAUUCUGCUCGUCCCCCCACGCGGGGCUCUGCUUUCGCUGCGGGGUACGAUAUGUACAGUGCCAAGGAGACUGUGAUUCCGGCCAAGGGCAAGGCGAUGGUUGAUACUGGCAUUGCUAUUGCUGUGCCCGAGGGAACCUAUGGUCGUGUUGCUCCUCGCAGUGGUCUUGCUUCCAAGCACUUCAUCGACACUGGUGCUGGUGUUAUCGACGCCGACUACCGUGGCGAGGUGAAAGUGUUGCUCUUUAACCACUCUGACGUUGACUUUCCCGUCAAGGAGGGUGAUCGCAUCGCUCAGCUGGUUCUGGAACGCAUCUACACACCCGAGGUCACUGUCGUCGAGGAGUUGGAAGAGAGCGUCCGUGGCGCUGGCGGCUUUGGCAGCACUGGCAUUUAG